AUGCUAGCGGCACGCACAGGGACCAUGGGGAAUAAAAAUGCCGAGGAAGUCCUGAAGCUGAGGAAGCAGUCGGUGCAUUCCCUGGGGAGCAGGGAGAGAGCCCUGAAGAGCUCCUCAGAAAAUGCGAAGGAGAGCCGAGCCCGGGCCAGCCAGCCGCAGCAGCAUGCCUGGCGGCUGGCUCUGCUGCGGGAGCUGGAGAUGAACUGGUACCUGCGGGUCUGUGAGCUCUCCCACGAGUACACCAUCGCCUACACCACUGGGAUGCCCCACAGAAACCUUGGAAAAUCUGGACUGAGAGUCUCGUGCCUGGGCCUGGGGACAUGGGUCACUUUUGGAGGUCAAAUCUCAGAUGAGGUGGCCGAGCAGCUGAUGACCAUUGCCUAUGAGAGCGGCGUCAACCUAUUUGACACAGCCGAGGUGUAUGCGGCUGGCAAGGCUGAGGUCAUCCUGGGAAACAUCCUGAAAAAGAAGGGCUGGAGGAGGUCCAGUCUGGUCAUAACAACAAAACUGUACUGGGGUGGAAAAGCUGAAACAGAAAGAGGGCUUUCGAGAAAGCACAUCAUUGAAGGGCUAAAGGCUUCUCUCCAGAGGCUGCAGCUGGAGUACGUGGAUGUCGUCUUCGCAAACCGGCCAGACAAUAAUACCCCCAUGGAAGAAAUUGUCCGAGCGAUGACACAUGUAAUAAAUCAAGGUAUGGCGAUGUACUGGGGAACGUCGCGCUGGAGCGCUAUGGAGAUCAUGGAAGCCUACUCCGUAGCCAGGCAGUUUAACAUGAUACCACCCGUGUGUGAACAAGCUGAAUACCACCUUUUCCAAAGAGAGAAAGUGGAGGUUCAGCUGCCGGAAUUAUAUCAUAAAAUAGGGGUUGGAGCAAUGACAUGGUCUCCACUAGCCUGUGGGAUCAUCUCAGGGAAAUAUGGCAAUGGGGUCCCUGAAAGCUCAAGGGCUGCACUAAAGUGUUACCAGUGGCUGAAAGAGAAAAUCAUAAGCGAGGAAGGCAGAAAGCAGCAGGUGAAGCUGAAAGACCUGUCGCCCAUCGCCGAGCGCCUCGGGUGCACGCUGCCUCAGCUGGCCGUCGCAUGGUGCCUGAGAAACGAGGGGGUGAGCUCUGUUCUUCUAGGAUCUUCCAACCCAGAGCAGCUGAUAGAGAAUCUUGGAGCCAUACAGGUCCUUCCAAAGAUGACAUCCCAUAUUGUAAACGAAAUAGAUAAUAUUCUGGGAAAUAAGCCCUACACCAAGAAGGACUACAGAUCAUAAUGCAAUGCAUGAAUUACCUGGACUGCAUGGUUUAAAAAGUGCUCUGUACAGAAGUACAGCCCUGAGUUAAUAUCCGGUCAUGAGAAUCAUUCAGCAGCUUGCUGCUCGGUGUCUACUGUCACUGGAUCCUUCAAGAUGCGUGCUGUUCCUACUAAUCUGCAGUGAAAUUUAAAAGCACAGUUGAUCUCUCUUCUAACCAAGAAUAAUCUUGUAUUUUCUUACCUUCGACUGAAUUCAUUAAUUUUUACUUUACUCUUAGCACCUCAUGCUUGUGCUGUGAAAAACACUUGUAAAGCAAAAAA